CAGCGUCCGACGCAUGCGAUACGCGGUGGACCCGCCAACGUCGAGUUUAGAGUCCCCCAUCACGGAUUCCCAAGUGCUCCAGUCUGUGCGCGGUCCGGCUCGGGACGUCUACGUGCGGCUGUCGCAACCGUACACCCAUGACGCGGACUCACCGAUGCUGGACGACAAAAAAGCAGAGGGAUUGCAUCCACGCAGCGGCGAUGUUCAAUCCAACGUGUGGUCGAUGCGUGCGGCAUUGUAUGCAGCUGUCUUUUCAACCGAAGCUGCCAUUCUCGCCGGCGCCGCGCUUGGCGUGAUGAUAUCGUACAUCAUAUCGAUUUCCACCGACGUGUCGGACAAGCUGGCCAAGUUUGACGCACUGACCAAGGCCAAGAGUCCCAUGGCGACGCAACUGGCGGCCUUUAAUGAACUCCUACACACACGUCAGUCUUGGAGCAAAUGGCUACAAAUUCCCGGCAACAUGUACAUCAGCGGACUUCAAUGCUGCAUGGUGCCGCUGAUUUAUUGUGCGGUCGUGAUUGGCAUCACCCAUAUGAGCCAGCAUCUCAAGGUCCAUGGAAUCGCAUGGCGGUUUGUUGUGUAUGGUAUCAUGACGGCAAUCGCGGCAUCGUCCUUGGGGCUUGGUUUGAUGGCUGCCAUUCCCGACAACUUGAUCGUGUCGUCCCCAAUGUGGCGUCCAACCACGCUGCCACCGCAAGACAUGUCCGUCGACAUGCCACCGCCCCCCACUACCCCCACCAGCGCUUUCGAGUGUCCAAAAGCACCAUCGGCACCUCCGACGUAUCUCGGAAUCAAUGGGACCACACUCCAGUUUACGUGCAUCAGCAAGGCCCAGAACAUUUCAAUCAUAACUCCCAUGGUUGGAACUGACGUGUUGGGGAAAUUACCGUCAACGUCACCAUCCGACCUUGUAUUCGAUGUCGUGCUCAACAUGUUUCCCAAGUCUUUGGUCGGGUCGUUUGCUCAACUCGACGGAUUCCUCAGCGUGUCGGUCGCGUCCGUUGUGAUCGGGGCGGCCACUGCCAGCUGUGCGGACGAAAACCAUUUUGUCCUCGUGGGGGUCCUGCAAGAGCUGCACGCAAUCCUGCUCACCAUGAUUCAGAUGAUCGUGCGCUGGACACCGGUGGCCAUCUUCUCCAUUGUCUCGUCUUCGCUGGUCGUAAAUGUGCCGACGACGUGGAACUUUCCCAGCGACGCGACCGUGCCGGAUGGUCAGCUUGAACGAAUGAUGAGUGUGCCAUUUGCGCAGGCCAAACUCCUUUCGUCAUCAUUCUUUGAAAGCGAGUCGAUCGCCGACAUGGGAAUUCCAGCUCUAGUCGGUGUGUUUGGAGUCGGCACCAUUCUGCAUUGCGUCGUCCUGCUGCCACUCUUCACGUUGGCCAUGAUUCAGCAGAAUCCGUUUGCGUACGCCAAGCAGCUCGCAAGACCCCUUGGGAUUGGGUUCUGCAUUGCGUCGUCGUUGGCGUCGCUGCCCAUGGUGACCGAAGCCAUGUUUGUAUGCCGAUCCGCAUCCAAAGAACUGACGCAGGCCGUGCUGUCCCUCGGCACCAUCAUGCACCUCGACGGCGCCGCAUUUUACUUUGCUUCGUGCAUUACGUUUCUCGUUCGUACACAAGGCAUCGACCUGACUGGAGACCUCGCUGCGAAGAUUCUGUUGGUCUCGGUGAUCCACUCGUGGAGUUGCCCGCCCCUUCCUCACGGUGGCAUCCUCACCCUCGGUGCUCUAUGGUACACGAUCGCGCCAGGAGAAAUGUACCACCGAAACUUCAGCGCGCUCGUCGCAAUUGACUUUGUGCUCGAUCGGCUCUGCACGCUGAUGAGCGUAUGGUCCAACACACUGGUCCUUCGCAUCAUCGCCGACCAGACACAAGAAUUGUACUACGACGACGCGACUGGAGACGACGACGCCAGUGUCGUCGUGGAGGCCCCUGAAGGCGCCUUGAACUACGACGAUUAUGGAGACGUGCUGCUGUCGUCACGCCAGUUUUCGUACAUGCCGGAGAUCGCCCCGGCUCCCCAGUGAUUCGUGUUUCGUGAUGUAAAGUGAGUUGGUGGGUUGUGCCA